CAGGAAACUGGAUUACAGCUGCGGACCGGCUGGGCGAGCAGCGCGCAGGCGCGAGCGGUCUAGGUCCCUGACGCGCGCGGCGCGAUUGAAGGCUGAGUGAGUUGCUGAGGAGACAGGGCGGCUACUUCUGCCUCCACCAUGGCAGCGCUGCGCUACGCAGGCUUGGACGACACGGACAGCGAGGAUGAGCUGCCCCCGGGCUGGGAGGAAAGAACCACCAAGGACGGCUGGGUGUACUACGCCAAUCACACGGAGGAGAAGACCCAGUGGGAACAUCCGAAAACUGGCAAGAGAAAACGCGUUGCAGGAGAUUUGCCAUAUGGAUGGGAGCAAGAGACUGAUGAGAAUGGACAAGUGUUUUUUGUUGACCACAUAAAUAAAAGAACUACCUACUUGGAUCCAAGACUGGCAUUUACUGUGGAUGACACUCCAGCGAAGCCAACCACCAGACAGAGAUAUGAUGGUAGCACCACUGCCAUGGAGAUCCUGCAGGGCCGAGACUUCACAGGCAAGGUGGUCCUGGUUACUGGAGCGAAUUCAGGAAUAGGGUUCGAAACUGCCAAGUCCUUUGCCCUCCAUGGUGCACACGUGAUCCUGGCCUGUAGGAACAUGAGCAAAGCCAGCGAGGCAGUGUCCCGCAUUCUGGAGGAAUGGCACAAAGCCAAGGUGGAAGCAAUGACCCUGGACCUGGCUGUGCUCCGUAGCGUGCAGCAUUUUGCUGAAGCAUUCAAGGCCAAGAAUGUGCCUCUUCAUGUGCUUGUGUGUAAUGCUGGGACUUUUGCUCUACCCUGGAACCUCACAAAAGAUGGCUUGGAGACGACCUUCCAGGUGAACCACCUGGGACACUUCUACCUUGUCCAACUUCUGCAGGAUGUUUUGUGUCGCUCGGCCCCUGCCCGUGUCAUUGUGGUCUCUUCUGAGUCCCACAGAUUUACGGAUAUUAACGACUCUUCUGGGAAACUCGACCUCAGCCGCCUGUCUCCAUCACAGAAUGACUACUGGGCCAUGCUGGCCUAUAACAGAUCCAAGCUCUGCAACAUCCUCUUCUCCAAUGAGCUGCACCGUCGCCUUUCCCCACGCGGGGUCACCUCGAAUGCACUGCACCCUGGAAACAUGAUGUUCUCAUCCCUUCAUCGAAACUCGUGGGUGUACACGCUGCUCUUCACCUUGGCCAGGCCCUUCACCAAGUCCAUGCAACAGGGAGCUGCUACUACUGUCUACUGUGCAGUUGCCCCAGAGCUGGAGGGCCUUGGAGGGAUGUAUUUCAACAACUGCUGCCGUUGCCUGCCAUCCGAGGAGGCUCAGAGUGAAGAGACAGCCCGGGCCCUGUGGGAACUCAGCGAGAGGCUCAUCCAGGACCGACUGGUCAGUCCAUCCAGCUAAUCAGAGCCCUACAGUGUUGGGCAAAUCCCCACCCA